UACCCAGAUUGCUCUGCGGUUGUGCUGCGUCGGGGGUUUGUCUCCGAGACUACCUGGUUCUACCGCCAUCAUCGCGAGAAGAAGCGACAGUGAGAGAGAUUGUCAGGUUCUUUUACGUCGGUGUUUUUCUUACAUAGCAGUUACGUUUCAUCACAAGUCGCACAAAUGAAGAUGGUAGAUAAGAUUGAAAUGAGUCUAGACGAUAUUAUCAAACAGACCAAAGGGUCUAGGGCGCGCGGCGGCGGCGGAGCAAGCGGUAGACGCGGCAGAGGCGCUGGGAGUUCACCUCGUCGAGGAGCACGUAGGGUACAGAGAGCCAGCGGUGGCGUCAUGCGAGGACGUAAUCGCGGUGGAAUUGCACGCAGCUCUUUACCGUAUACGAGGGGAGAUGUAAACAGUGCUUGGAAACAUGAUAUGUUUGAUGGUGUAAAAAAAGUUGGUCGUGGUGCAAUAGGCAGUGCAGGAACGACCAAACUUUUGGUAUCAAAUCUUGAUUUUGGUGUAUCAGAUUCAGACAUACAGGAAUUAUUCAGUGAAUUUGGACCUUUAAAAUCAGCAGCAGUACAUUAUGAUAGAUCAGGUCGAUCUCUAGGCUCUGCUGAUGUCAUAUUUGAAAGACGGGCAGAUGCUAUUAAAGCAAUGAAACAGUAUCAUGGAGUUCCAUUAGAUGGACGUGAAAUGAAUAUACAAGUAGCUACUUCUGAAUUACCAAUCACUUCUGUUCGUGGCCCGAGACUUAGCGGUGUUAAUUAUACACAAAGACCUCAAGCACGUUUUAGGGGAAAUCGCGGCACAGGAUCUAUUAGAGGUCGUGGAAGUGGAGGUCGACGUGGAGGGAGAGGAGGCACUCGACAAACGACAAAGACACCUACAGCCGAAGAAUUAGAUGCAGAAUUGGAAGCUUAUGUGAAGGAAGUCAAGUAACAACGUUAUAAAAUUGCUACAUUCAAAUUUUGUUCAAUGUGACUAACACAAUACACAUUGUUGCUAUUUCUUUCAUGAAAUAUACAGUUAUAAAUCUAAUCCUAUACGAAUUUAGUAAAGUUAUACAAAAAUCAACUUAGUUUUUAUUUUUGACGAUUCUUUCAAAAAUUGGCACAGCAAAUUUUACAAAAUCUUUGCGAACAUUGUAGAAGUUCAUAGAUUUUUUUCAUAAUAUAGUGAUGCAAGAAAAUUAAGAAAGAACAUACUUACAUGAAUUGUAAAGACUGUAUGAAUUUGUAUGUACUACCGUGCGUGUGUGCUCACCAGAUGAAAAAUACAAUGAGAUACAUCUCGAAAA